AUGAAUCGGACAUUCCAAAGUAGAAGGUUCUUCAGCACAUUCGACAAACUGAGUAAAGCAGAAGAAUCGUUCGUUAUUAGGAAGGCGAAUAGGUACAUGAAUUAUGUGAAGGAAGGCCAAGAAUUUAAAGUAGGAAUGUGGCUGAACACAUGCAGCCUGUUAAUACUAGGCAUGAUAAGUAUAGGAGGUUACACCCGCUUGACCGAAAGUGGGUUGUCAAUAACGCACUGGAAAUUUCAGGGCGUAAAGUACCCAAAAAAUGAAGAAGAAUGGCUGCAAGAAUUUGAAAAGUAUAAAUUAACACCGGAAUAUAAACAAGUACAUUAUAACCUGUCCUUGGAGGAUUAUAAAAAAAUAUUUUUUAAUGAAUGGCUACACAGAACAUUUGGUCGUUUUAUAGGAUUAUUUUUUGUCGGAGGUGCUAGUUUUUUUUUAUAUAAAAAUUAUUUAAAAAAAAGUAUGAUUAAAAAGUUGAGUGUCAUCUUCGCCUUAGGAACAUUUCAAGGAUUUGUAGGUUGGUGGAUGGUUAAAAGUGGGUUUGAAAUUCCACAGACGGAGAAUAAGACCCCCAGGGUGUCUCCAUACAGGUUAGUCUUCCACCUCUUCUGCGCCACCGUAACGUACAGCUAUCUUUUUCUUAACGGACUGACGUUGAUCGAGGUGGGAAAACUGAGGAAACAGUUUGCUAAGAGUCAAAUAGCCGAAUGGCCAGAAUUUCUACGAAGUCAAUUAAUGCACGAAGCGUAUGAACGGAGAAACUUUACCAGGGGGACCAAGUUGGGCCUACUUUGUUUUGCCUUUCUCGUUCUUUCUAAUAUUAUGUAUGGAGGCUUUGUGGCUGGAAAUGACGCAGGGUAUGCCUACAACACGUGGCCCAAAAUGUUAGACAAAUUCAUUCCGGAUGAUGUGAGAAAUUUUUACCUUAGCAAGAAGAGAAAGUAUGAGCAGUUGUUUGAGAACACAGCUUUGGUGCAAUUUAAUCAUCGGAUGCUUAGCUACUUGAUUGUCUUGAAUAGCUUCCUCUUAUAUUUUUGGUCGCAGAAAAUGGCACUUAGCAAAAAAACCAAACGACUCUUCUUCGUGUUGCCCUUCAUCACAACCGCGCAAAUGCUCACCGGCAUAAGCACCCUUGUGCACCACGUGCCUGUGCACCUGGCCCUGGUGCACCAGUUCGGGGGCUUUUGCAUUCUGUCCACCUUGCUUCACUUGGCCAAGCGGGUCUUCCGCGUGUAA